GCUCCCGGCUCUUCCACGCGCCGCUCUCACAUCAACAGAAACCAGAGAGGGACGGAUGAUCCGGAUCGGAACCGGGAGAGCCGGACCUGAAGAGGAAGAUGAGGAUGAAGAUGAGGAUGUUUGCUGCUCUCUCAUUGGCUGCUGUUUAGAGGCGCGCGCUGCUGUCCCAGUUGUUGGAGGGAAAAAGAAGAAGUUUGUUUGUUGAAACUUUAACUCUUCUAAACCAUAGAAGAAGAACUUUUUGGUGUUCGUGCGCGCUCCCGUGGCCCUGAGGCUGGCCGCGCAUGCGCCUUCCCCAUCAGCUGUUCUUGUUCUUUCCUCGUCGCGCGGAUAAUGGACCGAUUGUGUCACCGGGACCGGGCGUGACGUCACCUGCGGGAGGGUAGGAGGCGCGCGCGGCUGCGGAUUCGGGCUCGGGAUCGUCGGGGGCGCGCCGGAGCGGAGCGCGUUCACGUGAGUGUUUGUUGAUGUUUGUUUGUCUGAAGUUUGUGAGUUUGAGGGAAUUUACGAGUUUUUCCGGUUUUUAUUCCAGAUUCUGUUUUUGUCUGAAGUUCGUGUUUGUUACAGGAUCAAACAUGAAACUUUAAAAUCUGAAACUUUGAUCCGUUUGACUUUAUUUUGUCUCUAAAACCUUUAAAAGUCCAGAAGAACACGAUCAGAGAGAUCCAACCUGUGGUUCACGGCCCUUCAGGAGGUCUGAGACGUUCACCACAGUAGGGGAGAGCGGGUUAGGAUGAUCCAUGUUUGUCUCUGUCAUCUUCAGACUAAAACAGGGUCUCCUACGGUCAACUUACCCCGGGUAUGGGGGGUAAGUUGAGCCGUAUCUUUACUAAGAAAUUAAAGUUUAUUUAUAGAGCGACUUUCAUAAAAGAGCUGUAGAUAAAAUAACUUUAAAAUAACAUAAAACAGGACAAAAAAACACAAAUAUUAAAGCAGGUCAGUGAAGACGGAGAUAAGAGCAGAAAUUAAAGAGACAAACUGAACCGUUCAUUAAAGCUCGUCUCAAUAAAAGAGUCUGUCACGUCUUUUUAAAAGUUUCCAGCCGCAUGGAUCUGUGAUGUCAUCAACCACAUGACGUGUGAUCGGCCAGAGGUCUAGAAGAAGAACAAGAGCGAAAAAAUAAAAGAGGCUUUUCGCCCCGUGGAAAAAUCGGCGCCGGUGUGGAAGGUUACGCUGAUGUAAAAAAAGGUCUUCUCUCGUCUUUCUUUCUUUAGUCCCUCUGACCUCAGUGAGGAGCGUCUCCAUCAUGUCUGUGUCCAAUAAAAACACAGACGUGGUUUAAAGGUAGAGUUCACUCUGAUAAAAAAAGGAAGUGUGGCGGAGACGGAGUGAUGCAACGGUGCGAGAAAACAGAUCCUGUUAGUGUCGGGGUUUUAGGAACAUCUGAGGAGGACAAAAACUAAAGGAGGAGUUUGAUCAGAUUUAGUCUUUAGAGUUUGGAGUCUGAGCGUCUCAAACAUCGAGGAGCGGGUAACCAUCGGACUGAUCCACGCCCUGAAGGAGCUCUCCGAGUUCUCAGGAAUGAAACCCGACGCCCACGCACCUGACCACACAUUGUUUUAAGACCAACACGCCUCCGAGCUGCGCCCACGGCACCGCGCUCGACACGACGGCGAGGUAUUCUCCAGCUGAGAGGGUUUUAUCUUACUGUUUACAAAAGACACUUCCUGAAACGGGCCUGCUCCUCGGCCAAUCACAUCGCACCGUGGAUCGGCGUGAGUGGAGGAGAGUCAACACCACGAAGUUUAGAGAGGCGUGAAGGACUGCAGUAAAAGUACACAACAGCUGUGAUUGAGGUUCAAGAUCCUGUCCGACCUGAACCGCACACACACACACACACACACACACACACACACACACACUAACACACACACACACACACUAACACACACACAGUAACACACACACACAUACACACACACACACACACACACACACACACACUAACACACACACACACACACACACACACACACACAGUUACACACACACACAGUAACACACACAUGUUAAUCCAGGUUGUGCAACAUGCAGCGGACUGAAGCAACCAGCAACAGAAGAGAGAGCGAGUCAGAGGAAACAGGAAACAGCGAGAAAAGGGAGUCUGAGCGAGGAGCUACGGGCGAGAGACACUAACCUUACAGAGAGAGAGAGAGGGAGGGGGGGGGAGAGGGAGAGGGAGAGAGAGAGAGAGAGAGAGAGAGAGAGGGAGAGAGAGAGAGAGAGAGAGAGAGAGAGAGAGAGAGAGAGAGAGAGGGGGGAGAGAGAGAGAGAGAGAGGGAGAGAGAGAGAGGGAGAGAGAGAGACGGGCUGAAUCUCUUCUUCUCUGCUGUGUUUGUUUUCAGACGUUAUGGGGACACACCUAAAGCCGCGCUGUGAGGACGCGUCAGGGGCGCAGCGGCAGGUAAGACCGGGGUCAGGGUUCACACCUGGGUCCAGGUUCAGGUUCAGGUGAGACGGUCCAGGUGCAGACGUCUCCAGUUUCAUAUUUCGCAUUUUUUAACGUCCAACCGUGAGACGUCCUCGUAAGUCCCAUUAACCUGUUUGUGUGUGUUACAGUGAGAGUGUGUGUGUGUGUGUGUGUGUGUGUGUGUGUGUGUGUGUGUGAGUGUGUGUGUGUGUGUGUGUGUGUGUGUGUGUGAGGAUGAGCGGCGGUAAAAAGAGGAGUGGUUUCCAGAUCACCAGCGUGACAUCAGACUUCAACCAGACUCCAGCCGGCCAAUCAGCUCCCAGCAUGGUCCUGAGCGUCCUCCAAUCAGCAGCCGCCUCCUGCAGCGCUCAGGGAAGCUCCUCCCAGCCCACCACGCCCUCUCUGAAAAGGAAAUACAUGUCCCAGGAUUCCCCGGGCCAGGGGGCGGGCUGUUCCUCCAGGUUCAGAGUGGUGAGGCUGGCAGUGGGCGGGGCCGGCAGCGGUGGGCGGAGCGAGCCUUACCGCCGCGGGCGAUGGACGUGUACAGAUUUUGUGGAGCGGCAGGAAGGGGCGGGGUUUAGGCGAGUGAUGGACACCAUGAGACACGCCCACUCGCUGGAGUCCUUAGAGCUGAUUGGUCGGGACGUGGACAGAGACGGCGUCCACUCACAGGACACGCCCCACCUGCUGGCUCAGCCAAUCAGAGGCAGGGACAGAUUUGGACUUGUAGCGCGCAGCGGACCUCCGUCACCGACGCACCAGGAGCCAAUCAACAUCCGGCUCCUGGACCAUAAGGAGGCGUUACAGGACUCCACCCCGCCCCCUCCAUCGCCACGCCCACGUAACAUCCCUCCUCCUCUACGAUUGGACGUGGACGCAGCUGGGCGGGUACGAACACUCAGAUCUGUGUCCUGAUUGGACGGUUGGUUAAAUGAUGUCACUCAGACUCACCUGUCCGUCUCUCUCCUCAGUCCGUCCUCAGACUGUCUCACUCUCAGCCCAGCUCGCCCCCCGCUGGACCGUACCACCCCACCCUGACCCCCAUCCAGACCCCAGGAGUCUUCAGUCUGGACCAAACCAUGUUCAACCUGCCGGGGGACGCCAGGUAAACCCACGCCGAGGACCUUUGAGGUUCUCUCAGGAGAACCAAGGGCCUGUGUCCACUGACUGAGUGUGUGGCGUUGUCCUGCGGCGCCGCUUCUUCCUGUUGAGUUCAGGUUCAGGUUUUUAGACCUGAUUUAACGUCUUUAACCCUUUAGUUCCUGUUCGUUUGAACCUCCAUCAGACGACUUUGACCCCAAAACUGACGAGCAGAAUAAUGUUCAUAAAAUCAUCAUUUUUAAACUUUUUUUCUUCCUUUUUUUGACUCAAAUCUCUUAAAUAACUUCAGUCCUGACUAUUAAAAAAUAUUAUAAAUAAAUAUUAAAAUAUAAAUAAUAAUAAAUUUGAUGUAUUUUCCUUUUUUAUUCCAGUCACUUCUAUUUUUAUUGGUAAAAAACACAAAAUCUCCAUAUUUCCCAAAUAAAAUGAAGUAGAUGAUUUUUUUAUUGAUAAAUAGAGUCUGGACCGUAUCAGUGAUGAGAAGUUAAACCAAUUUUGACGCAUUUAAAUUUUUUUUUGUCGUGUCGAUUUUUUCAUAUUUUCGCUCCAUCAGCUGACUUUGACCCCAAAACAGACAUACAGAUGUUCAUAAAAUCAUCAUUUUUAAACAUUUUUUCUUCCUUUUUUUGACUCAGAUCUCUUCAACACCUUCAGCUCUGACCAUUAAAAAAUAAUCGAUAAUAAAUUUGAUGUUUUUCCCUUUUUAUUCCAGUUUUUUUUUCACCAUGUCAUAUUUAUUGAUAAAGUCUAUUGGAGCACUUUUUCUCGAACCUCGUCCUCGACCAAAUCAAAUACGAUCAAAUUCAUUUGUUCAUAAUAAAUUAAUUUCAUAUAUAAACAUAUAAAAUCAUCAGAUAUCUGUAAGAUAGAAUCAUUUAUGAGUGUUUAUCCUCCUCUAACUAAAAUCUGAUUACUCUGAUAUAAAAAUAACUGUAUAUUUCAGAUGUGAUAUCUUCUCCCCUGAUGAUCUGAAGGACCUGUUCAUCCUCAUGCAUGUCCAUCCACCUGCUCUGAAGUGAGGACAAAGUAGAAACUGUCCAAAUGUCCCCCUCUCUUUGUCCCACACUGCAGAACAUGGAGGCAGAUUCUCACCCGUGCACACACGCAGGAGCACACAGACUUCUCCUUCCACACAUGUCCCACUCUGAGACAUCCAGAUCUAGUGUCAUGUAAAGUUUCCUUCAUUUCUGAUGAUGUUUAGUGGAUGAAUCUUCAGACUCUCUCAGUCCAUGAAUGAAGACUUGUGUUGUUAUGGAGCCGUAAACACACGCUCAAAAAAAACAGUUUUUAAUGGAAGUCUAUUGGCCGACAAAGGAGGGUGGGCGGAGCUAAAAUGACGGAGAACUACAGUUUUUUUUUUAUAUGAGGAAAAAUAAGAACUCUCAGAAAAUUAGAAUUAUGAAACUUAUGAAAAUUAUGAAACAGUUUUUUAAUGUUGCAGCUCGAACUUCUGAUAUAAGCCACGCCCACUCUCAGUUUCCGAAUGUAAACACAGACGCUGAUCAUUUUUUGAGACGUUUCUGUGAGCCCCUAAAAUCACAACAAAGAUCAGCUGAUGUUGAGGGUGUCCCUGCGCUGACAACACCGAGGGUUAAAGUGUGAGCGAUGUUGUCAGUGGAAACAGGCCCUAACUCUCUUCACACAGUGGAAUAUGAUCAUAGUGACAAAAUAACACACACACACACACACACACACACACACACACUUACAGCUUCUGUGUUAUGUCGCUAAACUUCAACUAUCACCAGUGUGACACACAGCUGACCUGCAUACCACACACACACACACACACACACACACACUUCUAUUUUCACUGCUGUGUUAAUCAGCUGAUUUUGCAGUGUUGAGAGAAAGUGUGUGUGUGUGUGUGUGUGUGUAGGAUUAGUAGGAACAGAGGAGUGUUUCAUUCAGUGUGUUAACAGGAUGUCUGACUGUUUACAGAGUUUCAGAGAAAAUAAUCUGCUGUUGAUUUUAAUCCCUGUGGAUUAACGUCAAACUUCCUGUUUUUGUUGUUUCAAACAUGGAAACUCAUUUUCCUCUUUACUGUGGAGUGAAGUGAGAUAUUUGAUAUUUUAUACUUUAUGAAAUGAUUUAAAUUAAAGCUCCUGCAGUAUGAAAACUGGUCCAUUAAAAAGAAGAAGAAGAAGAAGCAGCAGCUGAUCGUGAGUUAGCUGUAGCAUCGACUGACUGGAGCUUUAAAGGUGUUGUAGUCAGGAUCUGAGUUAGUUCCAGUUUUUAGGAGAAAUCUGGAAUGUAAACUCUACCCCUCCAACCAGUUUUCCCCUCAAGCCCCGCCCACAAACAGAUGCUCCUGCUCGCUCGUAUCGUUCCAAUUAAAUUCAGAUAUAAUGCAGAUAAAUACUUCAGAUCAUUACAAAUGGGGCCCAGUCAAGGUGAAAGUCAAAAGCAUUGGUGCUACUGUAGAUGCCAACAGACUACCAGCAAACACAAUGUUUGCAGGACUUCUACAACGAGGCACAGAAAGGGUUAAUUUUGUGAACUUUGACCCUUUAAUAACUAAAUAAAAUAAAGUAAUAAAGAUAUAAUUUCACCAUCUGUGUGAGAACGAGGAGACAGACAGAGGAAAACACUCAGACCAAUGAAUGAAGCUCUCUGUUCUGACUCCGUCUGAGUGGGCGGGAAGAGAAUCCCUCUGCUCUCUUCCUAUUGGCUGUGAGUUUGAGUGGGCUGGGGUUGGAAUGGGAGAUAGCCAAUGAGAGUGCAGAGAGUGAGCGUGUAAAUGUGGAGGUGGAUUCACGUUUAUUCUGAGGACGGUCCAAGAGAGACGGGGUUCAGAUUAACGAGGGUGAGGAUGCUGAUUGGACCGGACUCUCAUGGAUUAAAGAUCAGGACCUGAGCUCGGAGAGAACCGGCCAAUCACAGACGAGCUUCAUCAUCAGGAUUUCAUUUUACCAAAUCAGAACAGACGACAGUAGGGGAGACCGGGAGCAUGGACUGACGACAACAAUCAUUGAACCUUAAUGAGGGACCUCAAUAUUUGACGAGGGAACUCUGUCCUUACAAGGAAACUCAAGCCUUAACGAGGGAACUCAAGCCUUAACGAGGGAACUCUGUCCUUAAUGAGGGAACUCAAGCCUUAACGAGGGAACUCUGUCCUUAAUGAGGGAACUCAAGCCUUAACGAGGGAACUCUGUCCUUAACGAGGGAACUCAAGCCUUAACGAGGGAACUCUGUCCUUAACGAGGGAACUCAAGCCUUAACGAGGGAACUCUGUCCUUAACGAGGGAACUCAAGCCUUAACGAGGGAACUCUGUCCUUUUAAGGGAACUCAAGCCUUAACGAGGGAACUUAAUUCUUAAUGAGGGACCUCAAGCCUUAACGAGGGAUUCAAAGCCUUAAUGAGGAAACUGUCCCUAAGAGUGAACUCAAGCUAAAGGAACAGGAACAUCAGCCAGAUCCACUCGACCUCUGACUCAGAGAUUGAUGUGCGUCUUGAGCCUGUAUCUGAGCUGUGAUUGGUUCUGGUGAUUGUAUCUGAGCUGUGAUUGGUUCUGGUGAUUGUAUCUGAGCUGUGAUUGGUUCUUAAGAUUGUAUCUGAGCUGUGAUUGGUUCUGGUGAUUGUAUCUGAGCUGUGAUUGGUUCUGGUGAUUGUAUCUGAGCUGUGAUUGGUUCUGAUGAUUGUAUCUGAGCUGUGAUUGGUUCUGAUGAUUGUUGCUUGGCUGUGAUUGGUCGGUCAUGUGUAAUAGUGCGCUGUGAUUGGCUGAAAAUGUUUGGCGGCGUACAGAAAAUGAUCUCAGGGCGUAGCAGGACACCUUCUCCUCAGUGUGACCCCGCCCCUUCCCAUCAGCGCCGCCCCCCCUCGACCCCACCCCUUCCUCGGAGGGCUUUGCAGCUUGUUGCCAGGCAACCAGAAACAUUUGUGGUGUUACGAGAUCGUAAAAAGGUCAAAGGUCAAGUUUCAGGCGUCAGAGAGUCGUGGCCGGGUGCCGGAGCGAUGACCUCUGAACCAAAGCGCAGGUCAGCAUCCCCCGCCGUUUGUCAGCCAAUCACAGCGCCUCAGCCAAAACUCACCAACAGACAUCACAUGACCUCCUCCGCCCCGCCCACCGCGAAGUCACAGGGUCCUCCUCACCCUCAUUGGUCAGUCCCUGUUAAAGCCACACCCACUGGGCGGGGCUCUGAAGCCACCAUGAUGUCACUGCUGCUGUUCUGUCACAGGUAACCGUGGAAACCAGUCGGGGGGCGGGACCUUUGAUGGCGAACACCUGGUGGUUUAACUCCAGAAUCUCAGAGAUAUUGAUUAUUGAUCAGUUAUUACAGUGUCGAUUCAGUUAAAUAGAUUCUGUUUUAUUGAUGAGAGAUGAUUGAGACAGAAUGACGAUUUUAUACGAGGUCUGUGUCUCACCUGUCUGUGUCUCACAUGUCUGUGUCUCACCUGUCUGUCUGUGUCUCACCUGUCUGUGUCUCACCUGUCUGUCUGUGUCUCACCUGUCUGUCUGUGUCUCACCUGUCUGUGUCUCACCUGUCUGUGUCCGUCUGUGUCUUGCAGUAGCUCCAGUAACAGUCUGAUGGCCAUAGACAACAAGAUUGAACAGGCCAUGGUGAGUCCUGUCUUCAUAGACCUGUGAGUUCUAGAUUCUCAAUAUUUAUAAUUAUUGUAAUUAUUAUUGUUCUUAUUCUUCCUGAAGGACCUGGUGAAGAGUCACCUGAUGCUGGCCGUCAGAGAGGAGGUGGAGCUUCUGAGAGAACAAAUCAGAGAGCUGCAGGAGAAGAACCAACACCUGGAGAGAGAGAACCACAUCCUGAGGACACUUACACACAAACUACACAACAUCUAAUACACACAGGUUACACAAUGUAUAACGCAACAUCAUACACAGAGUACGAGAAUACCCACAAAAUUACACAACAUGUAACACACGAACACGACAACUGUGCCAAAUACACACUACACAAUUACACAACAUUAAAAUACACACAACAACACACACACAUAAAGUGAGCACACGCUCCUCAUCUGAGAGUGUUGUCAUAGAAACGACUUGGACAGGCUGAUAAUGGGACUAAUGAGGAGCCUGGUAACCAUGACAACAGAUGAUAAAAUAAUAAUAAUGGUGAUGAUGCUAAUAUAUAUUAAUAAAACUAAUUAAAGAUCCACGCCA